UACGUCGGCGAUUACGUUGCGGAAAUCAAGCAAAAUCAGUGAAAACGUAAUAAAAUAUACGUUUAUUUCGAAUAAAAUACAUAAACGCGUCGCAAAUUGUGCGUUUUAUAAAGUUAUAAAUUUUGAUGUAUCAGAGUGUGUGAACAAAAUGUGAAGAAUUGAAGUGAAAAUUUCCAUAGUGUGUGCAUAAUUUUUGUGUGUCUAAACAACAGUUGUGAAUUCGUUGAUUUAAUUCACAAAUUCACAUCCAACUGUUAUUGAGUGAGCGUGUAUUAAUUGUUGUAAUUUCGUAUGAGCUUUUCUUUGCCGGUCAUUUGGCACAGUGAUGCGUGUUAUUGUGUGAAGUUUUGGUGUUUUUGUUGUUGAAUUAAUUACAAGAAUUCAUCUGGGCUGUCAGAUACUCAAAUAAGUAUGUUUAAGUGAAUCAUUUCUUAUUAAGAGUAAAUCGUUUAAUAAUAGGAUAAAAUCUAAAGCGGUUAAAUGCGCGUAGCAACAAUUUGAAAGGUCAAACAACAACGUUAUAUACUUAGUUAUAUCACAUCACAUGGGGAAGCAGAUUUUUAAAUAAAGACUUUCACUGAGUUAAUUACUAGCAACGUAAUGUAAGGAGAGGACAGAAGUCUGAAAUGGAGGAGUUCCAAAAAAAAGAAAAAGAGUAAAUGAGAAAAUAAUAUAAAUAAAUCAUUGAUUAGAACACUUCGCCAGUAUUGUUUUAAAGGCUGAAGAAUUGAACCAAAGCAAAGAAAAAGCAGCGAAUUAAGGAUUCGAGAAUGAUUGAAGAACAAGCGCGGCACAGAAAAAGAUGUGAGAAACAAAAAAACUGAAGAGGUUGCGUUUAAAAGUACACAAUAUUGGGGAAAAAUGGACAAAAAUGGACAAAACGAUAGAAAUAUAAUAGAAAAAGACCGCGAGAAUUUUAAUACCUCGAAGUUAACACUUAAAAAUCAAAAAAAGUUCAAGUAUACUAAAGAAAAUGCAUAUACUCAACUCUAAGUAAACUGUAGGUUAAGAAUAAGCACGAACACUAAACAGUAUGACUAAAAAGUGUUUCAAGAAAAACUAAAGAACAGAAACUAACCAAAACAAAUGUAAAGCAAAAGAGGAACAGAAACAGAAAGUGCAACAGAAAGCAACAGAAUUACAAAACAAAGCUAAUAAGAAAGAAAUGCAGAAAUAAAACCAAAAAUAUGCCUCAAAUUGAAAUUGAACCAAAAGCAGUAACAGGAACAGAAGAAGAAACAGAAACAAAAAAUAAGAAGGAACAGGACAAGAAACAGAAACAAAAAAUAAGAAGGAACAGGAUAAGAAACAGAAUCAAAGGAUAAGAACAAACAAAGUAAAGAAAAAAGAGGAACCGAAGAAGUAACAGAAAAAUAAGAAAACACAAGAACAGAAGCAGAAACUGAAACAUAAACAAAAGAAGAAACAGAAAGAGAAAGCGAAGAAGGCACAGCGGAAGCAAUUUAAAUGAAGUUAAGCAGCCGUUCAAAUAGAAACAAAAGUUGAAGCAAACGAAAAAAUAACAGCAAAUCAAAACGGGACAGGUACUUACACAAACGCGGAAUAAUAAAUAAAAUUAAUUUUGGAAAACAGAGAGAAAGCUAACAAAAUUUGUAAUAAUUAUAGAAACAGAUAUGAGAAUAGAAUUGCAAACAGAAAUGAAAACAGAAUUUGGUACAGAAAUGUCAAGCAUGCCAGAAACUGCAGCGGCAGCAGCCGAACCACGAAUUGGAGUUUACAAACAAAAUCGAAAACAAAUAAAUAAACUUCAACAACAAAAAAUGCUCACAAAUUAUCGAUCUCACGGCGGUACGCAAGCCCAACUCCCACCAACUCAACACCGCACUCAUGGUUAUUACGCAGAUCAGCGACAACCAACAACAGCAGUGCGCCUACAAGCCGGUAGUUGCAUUUCAGGAGCUGAAAUUUUGAUCCACACUCAAUGCCAAUGGACACCUACUCAAAAUCACAAGCGCAUACCAGCUGCAGCACGCUCUAAGUGCCACACAGCAGUUCAACCGCGUAACCAGCACAAAUCGUUGAGCACAAAAUCCUGUCGAUCACAGUUUCGCAAUUGGCGUGAUUGGCUUUUUCCUGCCCAAGCAUUGCAACCACCUUGGCGCAACCCCCUUACACAACUAUUAACAACCUACACGCUGCUGUAUCUGCUAAGCGCGUUGCCCCACGUACGUGCCGCUUGCCGCGAGGAGUCCGCUCGCGCUUGCGAAGCCAUUUGUACACCGGACGGUCCCGACUGUACGUUGCGCGCACUUUUAUUGCUGCCCGACGAUGACACCUACACGGCUUCGUUGCGUCGCACAAUGCCAGUGUUGCAUUUGGCCGACCAAUAUAUACGCGAAAAUAGUUUAUUGCCACCGCAGUUGAAUUUGGAAUGGAUGACGGGCGAUGUGAAAUGCGAUGCAGCAUAUGCGUCUAUUAAGGCCAUGGACGGCAUCGUAAAGAAUUGUGCACAUGUUGUCUUUGGUCCAGUUUGCGAUUAUGCCCUAGCCGCCGUUAGUCGCAUCGCCAAGUACUUCAAUAGCAACGGCACACCAGUCAUAUCCAUAGGUGGCGCCACCGACAGUUUUGAAGACCAGAAAACAACAUGUGCUGAUGAGUUCUAUAUGCUGGUGCGUCCCGGCGUGCUCAGCUUUAAAAGUCUCUCCCUGAUGAUAAUCGAACUAAUGAAACGCUACAAUUGGUCGAACUCCAUAGCAUUCUACGAACGUGAUGGGCAAAGUAAUGCCGUCGGUGAGCACAGCUGUUAUUUGAUGAUGAAAAGUUUUGGCGAUGAAAUGCGUAAUCUGAAUUUGACAUUUGCACAGUAUUCCAUAGUGCCGGAGCUGCGCAACCGCACCGAGGAGCUAGUACGUGAAAUUGGCAAUAAACACACAAUUGUCAUUAUGUGUGCGGAACCCGAGAAUAUCCGCCGAAUCAUGUUGACCGCUGAGGAAUUGAAUAUGGUCGACAGUGGCGAAUAUGUGUUCAUAAAUAUUGAAAUGUUCUCGCACGCUUCACACAUCGCUUGGAGACCUUGGUAUGACAAAAACGAUACAACAGAAAAUAACGAACGCGCACGAAAGGCAUAUACAGCUAUACUGACUUUAACGCCAAAACAACCGGAUGAUGAGGCAUACACUACAGUUUCCAAUAAGAUCAAAACCAUCGCCACGGAGAAAUAUAAUUACACAUUCCAGGAAAAUGAGGAUGUCUCAUCCUUUGUAAUAUCCUUCUUCGAUGGCGUAUUGCUCUAUGCCAAAGCGCUCAAUGACAGUAUUCGUGAGGAUCCGACGGUGCUGACACGCCCUAUAAAUGGCACCGAUAUGGUACGACGUAUGUGGGGACGCAGUUUCAAAGGUAUUACCGGUAAUGUCACUAUCGAUAACAACGGCGAUCGCAUCUCAGCAUAUUCUUUACUGGACAUGAAUCCGCAUACGGGUAGUUUUGAAAUUGUUGCCGAUUUCAUACACAACCGCUUGGACUUUGUGCCAGGCAAGGAAAUACACUGGGCCGGUGGCCGCAAAGAACCACCACCUAGCACGCCGAUUUGUGGUUACGAUGGCUCACUGUGUCCAGAUAAUUCACUACCCGGUUAUGCGAUACUCUCGAUCAUACUCGGUGUCGUAGUUGUGCUGAUGACUGUCGGUUUCUUCUUCGGUUAUCGGCACUAUAAAUCAGAGGCGGAAAUAAAUUCCAUGACAUGGAAGGUUUCACUUAGUGAUUUAGUUUGUCCAGAUUUAGGUGGUCGCGGUAUACGCGGCUCCUUUCACUCACUCGUACGGCAUAGCUCGCAAUUGACACUCAUGUCCGAGGACUUGCGUUCGUUGUGCGGUGAUCGUCAAAUCUUCAUACCGGUCGGUAUGUAUCGUGGUUGUGAAGUAGCUAUUAAGGCUAUCGAAAAUCGUCAAAUCAAUUUGACACGUUCGCUUAUGUUGGAACUAAAAAGUAUGAAGGAUCUGCAGCAUGAUCAUUUGGUGAAAUUCUAUGGCGCAUGCUUGGAUCCACCGAAGCGUUUCCUACUCACCGAAUACUGUCCGAAGGGCUCACUGCAGGACAUACUGGAGAAUGAACAAUUCCAGCUGGACUGGAUGAUUAAAUUAUCGCUGAUGCAUGAUAUUGUGCGCGGCAUGCAUUUUCUACACAACUCGGUUAUACGUUCGCAUGGCAAUUUGAAAUCCUCCAAUUGUGUGGUGGAUUCCAGGUUCGUUUUAAAAAUCACCGAUUUUGGUUUGCAUACGCUAAAGCGGGAACGACCAGAAGCGGUGGAAAACGAUGUGGAGGACUGCAAUAGUCAUGCGUAUUGGAGUAAACUCUUUUGGACCGCGCCCGAAUUAUUGAAAAUUGGCAAUGAUCGUCCGCCAGAGGGUACACAGAAGGGUGACGUUUAUUCGUUUGGCAUAAUUGUACACGAAAUCACUACGAGACAGGGUCCAUUUUACCUAGGCAAGACUGAAAUAGAAAAAUCACCAAAAGAAAUUAUUCAACUAGUCAAAGCUUAUCCGGAACAUAUAUCUUCGCCAUUUCGCCCGUAUAUCGAUGAGCAUGAUGGAUACCUUGAUAUUAACAACCUCAUGAUCAAGUGCUGGGCUGAGGAUCCGCUUGAACGUCCCGACUUCAAUGCACUCAAAUCAAACAUACGUCGAAUCAAUAAAGACAACGAGACCGGAAACAUUGUGGACAACCUGCUUAAACGCAUGGAACUGUAUGCCAAUAAUCUGGAGGAGCUUGUCGAAGAGCGUACACAAGACUACAUUGAGGAGAAGAAGAAAUGCGAAAAGCUCCUGUAUCAGCUACUACCGCAGAGCGUUGCAGCGCAGCUUAUCAGCGGGCAACCGGUGGUUGCCGAAACAUUCGAUCAGGUCACCAUCUACUUCAGUGAUAUUGUCGGUUUCACCGCCAUCUCAGCCGAGAGCACACCCAUGCAGGUGGUGCAAUUUCUCAACGAUCUCUACACUUGUUUCGAUUCCAUAGUCGAGAAUUUCGAUGUCUACAAAGUGGAAACGAUAGGUGAUGCAUAUAUGGUUGUCUCCGGCUUGCCCAUACGUAAUGGUAAUCAGCAUGCGCGUGAAAUUGCACGUUUAGCACUGGCUCUACUUGGCGCCGUACAUAAAUUUAGAAUACACCAUCGACCGCAAGAUCAACUAAAGCUACGUAUUGGCUUGCACACGGGCGCUUGUGUGGCUGGCGUUGUGGGUCUAAAGAUGCCGCGCUAUUGUCUCUUCGGCGAUACGGUGAAUACGGCGUCACGCAUGGAAUCGAAUGGCGAAGCGCUACGUAUACACAUUAGUCAAAAUACCAAAUUGGCAUUAGAUGAAUUCGGCACAUUCAUAACCACACAACGGGGUUAUGUACCCAUGAAGGGUAAAGGCGAAAUGCUCACAUAUUGGCUCGAGGGUGAAGUACCAAAACCGGAGUCACCUUCAGUGUCGGCACAACAGUUGCUGCACGGGCGGCGUUCCUCACUCAAACAUCCGCCGCAACGUUACAGUGUUAUGUUGCAAAAGCAACAUUCCGAGAUCUCAGAGGGUGAGCAGUUAACGCCAGCGACAAUAGUUGAACACAGUAGCAUACCGAAAACGCCGACUUUGCGUGUGAAGCGCAAAAUCUCGUCAUCAUCACCAAAAUUGAAUGGCAACGAAUUUAAACCCGAGGACUUCAAUUACUAUCUGGAUAAUGUCAAACAACAACAAGACAACGAGCACAUAGUGACUAUGGGUAAGCUAACAAAUGGGCUCAACGGCGACAUUUACAGCAGUCGGUCGCUGCGUGAGCCACGUAAAGAUGCCAACAACGAGUUGGCCAAUCUACGUUUACCGCUAUCUGGUGCACUAAAAAAUCACAAUAACAAUUUAGCGAAUAACCACCGUAACAGCUUUACACAUCUAUUGCAAUCAAACUCGAAUUCCAAUCUAAGCGGCAUUCUACAUCCGACAACACCGGCAUUGGCACGCGUACGCCCGAGGCCAUCACCAAGCAUUUCCCCAUUGGUAUCAAGUGAACGUGCCGAUAAUGAUCAUGUGAUCAAUAGUCAACGCAUCAAAUUCCAAGUAGGCAUUAAAGUUGACGAACCACAAGAUAGCAGUAUAAAUGGCAGAUCUGAGCCAAAUACUUCAGCACAACUUUUACCUCGGCGCCCAUCACUUGAUGAAUCAUAUAGUGAAUCAAAUAUUUAUAAGCCUGAUGGUGUUGAUGAUGACGAAGACGACAUUGAUUUGCCAUUAAAUCACCAGUUGAAUAGUAGUAAAGCACGCUUGUUGGAAGGCGAAAAUCUAAAUAGCGUGGUAUUUACCAAAAAUGGUUGUGAUAGCGUAUGUAAAAGCAACAAUAAUAGCUAUAAUAACAUUGUAAAGGCAAAUAAUGCAAAGAAUUUGCAUCUUAUUAGCAAAGCUGUGCCGCCAAUAGAUAAUCACGUGGGCGCAGGUACUGCAGACGCAGCAAAUACGGGUGCCAGUGUAGUGGGUAGUGCUGUAACUGUGGCCACACCUACUGCAGGGAGUGUAGCGCAACCGUUAUUGGGAAAAAUAAAUUCAUAAUUUGGUCUAAAUCAUUUUUUCAGCAACGAAUUUCACAACUGCAGAGCAAACAUGCAAUUGUAUUGCAACUCAUGUUCACUAAGUGGACGCCUACAUGUACAUAUGUAUGUAUAAUUAUUGCACGAAACACAACAAUGGUGCAGGAAGCACUUUGAAACUGAUUUCAGGUUUAUAAGUAAGUGGAAAUGUGAUCACAAGUUUCUCAAGUAUAAAUGAAAUUUAAACUCUUGUUUGUAUUAAAAUGCUUGAAUAUAUGUAACUUUGCUGAGUCCCGAAGCAAUUUAAAAUAUUUGCACAAGUAAACUAAUAUUACAGAAAUUCUUGUACUCAGUGCUAUUACAAACAAAAAAACUAAAUAUUCACUCGGAAAUAAAAACUAGUUUUAAAAAAUAGUUUAACAUUUAUUAGGUUUUCAAAUUACUGUUGUACAGUGUUAUGUAAUAUGCCAACAGCAUAGUACGACAAAUGUAGCAAAAAUAAUAUAUUGAAAAUGUUAGAUUUUAAACACAAACAUAAUUUCAUCACGUCCUUAAAUCGACCAUCACAAAUAGCAAAUAAGUUAAAUUCUUUGUUUAUAUACUAAACUUUACAGUAUAUAAGAAAUGUAGUGUAUGUUUUAAAAUCAUCUUUAUCCAGUGGCUGUUCUCAAAAACUUUUAACAAAUAAUUGUAGUAAUAUCUUGAAAAUAUAUUUACAUUUUAAGUUGUAUUUAUUUUUUUACUUAAUUAUUGUCUAGUAUAUUUAGAAAAACAUAUUUAUAUAUAUAUGUAUAUGAUACGUAUCUAUAAAUAUAUUUUAAAUAUUGUAAGAAAGUGUAGUUGAAAAAAUAAAGCAUCAAACAAAUUAUUUUCAAUAUCAAA